UUGAAGUUCACUUUCAGAUUCAGGAGAGCUGACUGUGAUGUUCUAAAAAGCCUUGAGGAAUCUCAAAAAAGACAAUAGCAGAUAUUUUUGUUGAUUCUUCUCAUAAAUCGAAUGAAUGCAGAAGAGAAUUCUUUUGCAUUAUGGGGAUCUCAAUUCCUAGGUGCAGCUCUGUUCAUCCAGCAUUUAGAAUAAUGAUGACCACACCUGCUGGGAUCUGGCACGGUGUGUCUGGGCAGCGUGAUCACAUUUUGUUGUAUAACAACUGCAGACAGACAGGAAUUCUCUGGAUUGCCUGGGGCAGGUUUGUCUGUAGGUGGUCUUUGCAGGGUUAGUGUGGAAUUAUUUACAAUCUGCUUUAGUCCUGGCUAAAGACAAAAGUGAACUGCAGUACUAAAGACAGUCCACAGUAACACGACAGUAAGAUUCUUCAAAAUUAAGAGCCAUGCAAGAUCUGUUUUUCUGAGGUGUGGUGUUGUUUCAGAUGUGUGUAGCUGCAGAGGGUGGCAAAGCUGACACUUCUCUGUGCAGGAACUCUCCUCUGGGAGGGUGAUUUAACACUUUGAAUCAGUGAAACUUGGAACUAAUGUUGUAAAAGCCUCUCAAAUUGCCCAAUCACUGUCUGUGUAUAAGAUCUGAAUGAGACACUGAUUGCUAGGAAACACAGUACAAGUGGUUGUUUCACUUGUAAACAGCCAUCACACAGCCCAUAAAGAAUAUUUCUGUUUAUGAAGAAAUAAUAGCAACAUAUUGAUUUAAAGGCACUCCAGCUAGAACAGUCAGAGCUGAAAAAAACCUCUGGCUCCAGGCAGGCCCUUUUCCCAUGACCAUAUUUUCCCUUGAGCUAAGGCAGCAGAAACCACAGUCCAGAAUAUGAAUCUUUUUGAGUUCUUUGCUUUUUUUAACUUUAGAUUUCUCUCCAAGUUUUCAGCUUGCUGAGGCAAACAGCAUAAAAGUUGUUUUUCCUUUGGAAUGAAAAGAGAUGUUUCCGUUCACUUCUCAUGAGCUGGCUUUGGGUAACUGCAAGUUCUGUAGUACAAGCAUAUGACAAUGCCCAAAACAUUCUGGGGAGGAAUAAGGAAAAAGCUGCUCAGCUUUGCUAAGCAUAAAGUCUGCUCAAUGAACCAUCUUUGACAUUAAAGCCCUGAAGCCACUUGGCCUUUUAUCCUGUGAAGCAAUGUGAGGCUGGCUGGUGAGCGAUGCAAGUUCUAAUGCUGCUCAGUCACCCCACACUCGCAGCCCAGGGAGCUGCUUGUUGUCAGGCACUCUUUGGAAGGUGAGGGCCAUUUCAGAGACAUCUCUUGGCUGAUGCCUCUUUCUAACUUUAUUACUAUUGCACACAUUUCUGUCCUGAUCUGUGCUCCUCCCCUGUGAAGGCAGUGCCUGAAAUGACAGAGCCACAGCUGGGCUGGAAUGUGCAUCAUUGCUCCAAGAAGCAGGUUUAGAUUUGAGGUCUCUGAGUUAGAUUGCUGUGAGAUAACCAUCAAACUCUUGAAGUUUGUUGUGCAUUUAGGGAGUAAAUGAAGUGAAGUUCUUGAUGAAUUUUGCUCCAAGCUUGUUUACACAGUGAAGUGUGUUUGCAGUGCAUUAUUUACUGUGCCAUAACUCACCAUGAGGAUGCUCUUUAUGAAACACAUCUGUGGAUCAGGUGUUAGCAAACUGGUAGAGGAUCAGGGUUCAUUUCUAGACCACACUGAAUUUCUAGUGUAGCUGAUUUUUAGACACUGUUUUCCAGUGGUUUAGACAAAACACUAGGACUCAGGGUUCUUGAAACUUACUCCAAGUUCUUGGAUUCUCUAAGGUCAAUAGUUUUCCUGUGUCUCUCAAGACUUAUGUAAUUUACAGGUUAUACAAAAAUAUUUGCUGGUAUGGCAUUAUGUGGAACUUGCUGAAGUAAUUCAUUAUUUACCACUAGAUUUCAAUGUAAAUUCAUGCCUACAGAAUACAGCUCAGGAGGCUGUUCCUCCUUAGCAUUUUAAGAUCAGAGCCCUUUGGCUCUUUUGUUCCCCGCUGAACUCUUCAGAAGAUGAUUUGCCAUCAAUGUAAAGAAGGAGCACAUUGCUCUGGGAGAGCUGCUGGCCUGCUGCCCAUCUCCCAUUGCUUACACAAACACUGCAUGCUUUACAUUAGCCAAGCUGCAGCUUUGUGUUUUGGUAAGGAAAGCCCAAAGGAUUGCAAGGUCUGGAUCUGCUCCAGCCAUUGUAGUGUGCAGCUGAGUCAUGCUGCUUCCUCCUCUUUGUGUGAUCUACCAGCGAGUGAGUAGAAUCUGCAAGAUGUAAAAGGGGAAAUAGAUUUUCAAAGCCAGGUGAUUGACUUGCUCUGUCAUCUCUCUGGGCGGGCAGGUAUAAAAUCAACAUGACUUUUGGGACUGUGUGGGAACUUGUGAAGAGAAAGCUUCAGUCAGCCUAUGAUGAAAUCUGUGCUAAACACCAAAUCCUUCUUAAGCAGUGCCUUGUCUUAAACAAUGCCUCUCUCAAUUACAUCCAGGAUUCCCAGCAGGACCAGUUCAGUCUCUAUCACACAACUGCUCUGCCUGGAUCCUUCAGGAGCUGUGUUUGAUGUUGCCAUUGUGCUUGUUAUCUCACUUAAAGACAACUCAAAUCUGCACAAAUAUGGCCCCAAACUGUACCCACAUUUCAGCCCUAGAGAUCUGAGAUCACCACACAUUUCCUGCAGAAAAGUUCUUUUCUCUGUGGGACAUGUCCAGGAGUGGGAAGGGCAGGAAUGUCCGGGCAUGCACACAUGUUCCAGACUAAUUUAGAUUUGAGCUCUGGACUCUUCCAACUUGUGACCACUACAGGUCAGGCACCAGAUUUGCAGAGGUGUUCCCUGAGCUGCCAUGUCAUUAUCACAGCUCCCACACUACACCAACCAGCUGCAUUUAGGGGACAAAACUUUCACAAUCCACUUUUGUUACCAUUCCCACACAAGGCUUAAUGCUUGGAGCAGCCCAGCUCAGAACUUGGCCUUGUGUUGUUCAAAGUUAAUUUCUGGACUGUAACAAUUAUUCCUGCUGCUGGGUAAGGGAGGAGUAGCAAGAGAGUGAGUUCUGAAACUCAUGUAAGAUAAAAAUCACUUCAUUAAUUAUAUAAAUGUUAAUGUGAACUCUGUGCUUUUGGUAUAUUUUUAUCUCUUAUGUGCAUUAACAGCAGAUUUUCCUGUGAGUUAAGCUCCCAUUUACAGUGGCCACAUCUGCCAAUGCUCUGGCUGUCUAUUAGUCUGAAACAUUGCACAUAAAGAGGAGAUGAUUUCUGAUCUGCCUUCUCUUUCUGAAGAGAAGCAGAUAAAAGAAAGCCCAAAUUAUUAUUUUUUCUAAUGUGUGUUUUGGGUUCAUGGAAAGAUAAAUAUCAGAUGUUUUACUGUGGAUUCUGAAGCUUUUGUGCACAGUUGUUCUGGACAGAAAGUAAAACUGACUAUUAGCAUCUUUAAUAUGACAGAAAAUAUUUGGCCUAAGUUUGCACUGCAAAGAAAAUAAUAGCUGAGAUCUGUGUAAACUGGAAAAUUUUCCAUUCACAGUCGGACGCUCACGGCAAACAAUGUUACAUCUCUUUCCAAGUUUCCAUGGAAAUUGCACUCCCUUUGCUUUUUUAUUAUUAUUAUUUCACUGAAGUCCAAAAGGGCUCUGAUCAGACACUGCACAGCAGAGAGGACAUCUGCCCAUGCACUAUCACAGGCUAUUUUUAUGAGGCUGCAGAGAGGCUCAAAAUCUUUUUUUUUUUUUUAUGUAAUAAUUCUGUGCUGUUGGAUUCAUUUUUUCCUCCUAUAAGAUAAAUAGGCUUUAUUGCACUUCCUCAUAUUUAACUUCUAACAAACUUCCUUCCAUGACCUCCCCAUGACAGAGAAAUGAGUCUGUAAGGUCAUGGGAAAAAUAUAUCCUUAAGUAAAUAGUGUGUGUGUCUGGUUGUGGUGAUCACAGAGAUACAAAACCACUCAGGCCCUUCAGAGAACAAAAUAUAUCACUGGAAAUCUGAGCCUUUUUAUUAGAAUUUAGAAGUGCAAUCAUUAAGUCCACCCCAUUGAUCCAGUUUGGAUUUGCUGUCCUUGGGUUUAUUGAUGAGUUUAUUGAUGAGGGUGCUGAGUGCACAGAGCUGUGGGAGCCUAAAAAAUGUGUUCAUCUUACUUAUUGUGUGUUUCUGUCCCAAAGGUGGUAUUAUUCCCUAAUAUUUCUUCUUUCCUGUUCUAUUGUUUCAUAUUUUGGGAUCCAUAGUUAAUAGUUUUAAUUCUGCUGGAGUAAUUGUGGUAAUGAGUUACAUUUUGUCUUCCUAAGUUCCCCGUGGUAUCAUAGUUUGACAUUUUAUUUUAUUGCUAAUUCUAAAAAGCUGAUCUGUAUGCUGAUUCAAAUUGCUGCCAUGCUUUAUUCUGGAAGAGCUGCAUAUUUCAGGAGUGAGCGAUGGGAUUUUCUUAAUCUUCCUUAUCCCAGCAAUGCUGUAAAGGCCUUUUUUUUUUUUUUUUGUUCAAGAUUUUCUGUAAUUAAGAACGACAUCUGUGAGACCAGAAAUCUGACAUGUAAAUUGAUCACAUGCUCAGUGUGUGUUGCAGGGAAAUCAGCUACAUCCCUUGAAUCAGCCAAACACACUCAAAAUCAUGCUGAACACUAACAAGCUUCAUCAUGACAAGAGGGCACUUUGUCAGUCAGGUGGGGAUCUUGGUAUUUAUCAAUCUGUAGCCAAAUUUCAUUUCUGUUUAGUGUAAUUCUGGAAAUGUAAAUUGUUUUCUUUCUGAGAAGACAAUAAAAGAUUUGGCCACCUGUUUAUAUUUACAUUUCUAAAUAGAUAAUUUUUUCAAAAUGCUUUCUUACGUGGCAAUUCCUGCUGGCAUUUCAGGACCUCAGAACACUUUAUAAAAAGGAUUAUAUCAAAGUCUGCCUUCAGGCAUCUGCUUUUAUAAGUGUUCUCUAUGCAAUAAUUUAAGAGGAAAUUCUUCUGGGGGUUGAGCUGUCUCACAGCCCUCCAGGAAAGCUGCUUUCUGAAACAAAGCCUUGUAUUGCACUAAGUUAGAUUUAGCUGUUUUGUCCUGAGUUAGAUAUUUUUGUCAAUAAGGAAAUCUGCCCUUUUCCCCCCCUGGGGCUGCCCUUAACCAGCUCCUUCCUCAGCUUUCCAGCAAAAGGAACUUCCUUGCUGUCCACCAAGGGGGAAGGGGAAAAAGAUCCUUUCAGUGCCAGAGGGCCCUGGAUUCCCUCAGCAGGGCAGUGAGCAGUGGUGCCUUUGGAAACACUCAAGGAUUCUCCCUCAGAUGUCAACAGGGACCUGUCCCAGCAGGGAUUGAUGGAGGGGAAGGGCCUGGCCAGAGAAGCCAAGGGCUCAGAAUAAAUGCAGGGGGAAAUGAAGGAAGUACAGCUAAAGGACAAAAUGGUUUAUGGAAAUCAAAUCAAAAUACUCUGCAGUGAAAUUUAUACUUUUAAUUCACGAGAUGAUUUUAGCAGAAUAAAAACUAUGAAAUACUGAUCUCAAAACAUGAAAGAUGAGAAGAAGGAUCCCAGCCAUCCCCUGAAGCUGAUGAAAGUUUGAUUUGACUGAAAAACCAUCAGCAUUGCUAAGCUUAUGGUAAGAAAAGAAAUAAAGCUGUGCAUAAUGGCUGCAUUUCAGGAGUCUGGGGCUGAAGACAGGGACAUGCAGGAGAACAGGAAAAUGCAUUACAAGGAUUUUUUUUCUUUUGUUCAUUCUUAGUUCACUCAGAACUGCCUUUUACUAUUCUUUCAUAAAUUAUUUUUGAAAGUCCUCCACAUACAUUAAAGACAGGCAUCAUCUUCAGAGCAAAGAAAGCUCCAAGGAGCCAUCCUGGAUUUGCAGAUGGUUCUUGUCCCAGCUUUGCUGUCUCCUGGGAACACAGAUUUCCUGGCUGGGAGCCAUUCUGUCACUAGAACACUUGUGUCCAAGCAGAAGGAAGUGUCUUUGAGUUUGCUGAUUUCCUGUUAAAACAUUUUGAGUGGACUUUCUUCAUGGUUCCAGGAAGCUAUAGAAAGAUACAGUCUUUAGAUUAAAGCUAUUUUCAACAGCUAUACCCAGGAGUCCCCUUUUGAGCACAGCAAACUACAACAACCUCUUUAUUUUGCUGGUUACAUGUAGAACAAUUCAGUGUGUUUUGCCAACACUGACCCUGAGGUACUAAUGGACAAUGACAGGCACUUUCCUUUUGCUUCUGAAGGUUCCCUGCUUUGAUAGCCCAGCAACAUCUCUGUUAGUCCCUCAUUUGAACCUGCAGCUGUUAAUUAUAAGCAGACACAGGUCUUUUUUCAGGGAAAUGCUUAACUCUUACCCUUACAGAGUAACAAUUAUAUCAAAUAAUCACAGCCAUUUAAAAAGGAGGAACAAACAGAAAAAAAUCUAGCAGGGAUUCUGCUUAAGCUUUUGAAUCUCUGCAUUCCUCCAAGCUUACUCAGGGAAAAUAUAUUCCUAUUUCUGCUGGGAAUGCUCUUAAAAGCCUUCUCACAAUAAUGGAUCGGGCAUUAAUACCUUGAUCACAAGAACUGUGUGGUUUCUUUGUGGAUUCUCAUCAUCUUAUUUUAAUUGUAGCUGCAGAAGAAAAUGCAAGUACCUCAGUUAAAGUAAAUCUGUGAGAUCUGAGGCUGUGACAUGCUUUGGAAACAUCAUCCUCUGCAUCUGCAAUGGGCUUGCAUUUUCUGCAGGUGGAGCAGAAGCUGUUGUGGAGUUCACCUGAGAAGAUGCAGCAUCCAGAGAACAGAUACAGUUACAACAAGCUUUGCAGUGUUCCCUAAUCCAGUUUUUCUGUUCUUCGCUUCAAACUCCCUGGAGGCAACAGGUGACCAGAGAAGUGAAAUACUUCAGAAUACUGGGACUUGCAGAACAGCACCAGGGUCAAGGGAUCUUCCUGAUGAUCCUGCUGUGGAGUGGGACACACAGCUCCUGGCCACCCUUGUCCUGGAGCACAUAGAAGCCAAGAACAUCAACCUGGUGGUGACGUUUGAUGCAGGAGGAGUCAGUGGCCAUGCCAACCACAUCUCUCUCUACAAUGCUGUCAGGUACCUGCAUUCAGAGGGGAAGUUACCUGAAGGGUGCCGUGUGCUCGUGCUGGAAUCAGUGAAUCUCUGCAGGAAAUACAUUUCCUUCCUGGAUGUCUUCAUUUCCUGCCUCCUGCCCGGGGAUGCACUCUUCAUCCUCACAGAGGAGGAGACUGAACAAGCCAAGAGGGCCAUGCGGUGCCACCGCAGCCAGCUCCUCUGGUUCCGCCGGCUCUACCUGCGCUUCUCCCGCUACCUGGUGCUCAAUUCCCUGCGCCUGCUCUGACAGCACAGCACUCCCAGGAGCAAAGAGUGAGCAAAGCCACGACUGCCCCAGCCCAGGACUCGAGGAUCUUCCUGUGUUACGAUGGGUGCUCUUUGUGUGGCAUUCUCCACGCUACAAAACCCAGGCUGGGUGAACCUCCUUCUGAAUACCUUGAGAACAGGGUUAACAACUACUCUAUAUUCUCAUCAUAGAAGCUUAAAUAAGAUGAGAAAUUUGGAUUAACUUUAAUUGGGAGCCAAGUUCUGGAGGAUUCUGCAUUGGAGAAGAUAUGGAACAAACUGUUUCCCCAAGAAGAUAGAGCUGCAAGGACUGCUUGGCAACUCUCCCCUGCUGCUUUUGUAAGAUCGAGCUAGCAGGAGUAACUUUUCAAAGCUCAUGCUAUCUCCACAGAUACCACAACCACAACACCUUUGUUAUUCAGUCAGAACUUUAAAAAGCCAAAGCUUUUGAAUAAAAGAUCAGAAAUCAUGCAA